AGUAUAUUAAAGCUUAACUAGCAUGUCUCAGCUCAGCAAGUAUUUUUAUCAAGUGACGGCAGGCCGUUCCUGUCGCGAUCUGUGUCAUCCCGAGUAUGCAACGUGCUGGCAGUCUUUCAUUAAAAACACUAAAUCAUUGCUACCCGGGUGCUAUAAGCUAUACCUCUCGCUACUGGUGAUACCACCGCUUGUCAAGGGCAGUGGCUACACUGUAGAAUAUUGGACUAAUCACUUCCUGGGCUACGCAUCGAUAUCAACCAAAACGUACAUAUUAGCCAUCAGCGGUUUGACACUGCAAUGUCUACUCUAUAAAGCGUUCGGGAAGCUACACUAUUACUGCCUGAUGGGUGUACCAGGCGUCGUUAGUGCUGCGCUCGUGCCUCGACUUCCGCGGGUACACCUACGGUUACAGGGUAUCACCUACUUCAAUAUGAUGCUCGAAGUGAUGAUCAAAAAGAGUAGACUGAGCUUCGUACAAACAAUUCGCAGAUCGAAGCUGUGGGCUACCGGUGCUUUCAUGCUAUGUAGUGGUGCUAUCAUGUACGUUCUACGCAAAGGAACUGUCAACCAAUUUUGGAUUAUGUAUCCGGCUACCGAGAAUAGUACCGCUACGAUGGAUAAGCGAAGGUCAUGUCUGCACGAAGGACCAUGCCGUCGAUACGUAUUCGAUGGUGUCUGGAAGUACGCGUUCGCGGGGCUAACAAUUGAAACGGCUCGUGCACUUUUAUCGAAAGGCGCACUGUUCAUCAAUCAACCGAGAACAUUCUGGACGGAAAUUGUCAAAUCAGUGGGCAUCGGAUUACCUCGCUUCCUCGCCACGUACGUUGGUAGCUACCGUUGCAUUAGCUGCCUGCUGCCUGCGAUUGUGGCAGGAGGUCAAGAACAACCAGCACAUUCUACACUCGCCGGCUUUCUAAGUGGAGCGAGUUAUCUACUCUAUCCAAAAUAUCAGGUAUUUACACUCGGAUUCACCAAGUUCCUGGAGAUGGCAUGGGAGCAUCAGUUGAAUACUGUCAAUGUGCGACCUCGUUGGAUGAUAUUGGUCGAGCGCCUGCCACUCUUGCGCCUGGUGCAUAUACUGUCCAUCGGAUACAUGUACCAUGCGCUUGUCUUCCAUUCUCACCUUUCACCGGCGUUUAACGCGAAGUGUGUAAACUAUUGCUCCAAUUACCGCGUUGAAAACACUAAGCGGCGGUUGGUGGCUUGGAUGCUUGCGCAUUCCUGGAACUGUUGCUGAAACCUGUGGUAACCAAAGCGGAAUCUAUCCAGAGUGCGGGACCGUCCUUUGGUACGGCUUCACAUAAAACCUGAAAGCGAUCCAGAAAUAAACCUCAAAAAGCAAAUGUUUG